AACCCAAUGAAAGUGAAACGUAAAAUUCCACGUUGAAACCAUCAGGUUUACUUUUUCACUCUAGUUAUUCGUGUUAUCAAUCGCAUCAUUAAUUACUAAUUCUCGAAAUGCGGUUCAAAAUAGCGAAAUGGAAUAACAGCAAUGGCCACAAGAAAAUAGUGACAUGUGUUGCUUGGAAUUCAUCGGAGGAAAUUUAUUCCACAGGAGAAGAUCACCUACUGAUCUGCUGGCACUUGGAAGGUGGCACAGCCCACCCAUCCACAGUGACCCAAUUCCCGAACGACUUCAACCCAACGGACAUGCAAUGGCACCCGCGUUCAAUUCAGAACGUCGGCACCGGCAUGAUAAAGCAGUCGCUGGACGUCUUGCUGAUAACAACAGCAGACGGAAAGUUCCACUUGGUCAACAAGAACGGUCGGAUCGAGAAGAGCGUCGAGGCCCACAAGGGCGCAGCCCUCUCCGGCAAGUGGAGCAUCGACGGUUCAGCACUGCUGACGACUGGUGAGGACGGAAGCAUAAAAAUCUGGUCCCGAAGUGGAAUGCUGCGGUCCACGAUGGUCCGGGGGUCUCUGCCGGUUCUGGGGGUCAGCUGGAGCCCCGACUGCUCGAUGAUCCUGUUCUCCCAGGGGUCCCAACUGGCGAUUCAAUCCCUGAACUCUAAUUCGAAGCCGCGAAAGUGGUUCGCGCACGAGGGUCUGGUCCUCGUCGUCUCCUGGAACCGCAGCAACGGAUUGAUCGUCUCGGGAGGGGAAGAUUGUCGCUAUAAACUCUGGGACAGCAGCGGAAAUCAAUUGUACAGUAGUGGAGUCGGGGAGUACCCAAUUACAUCGGUUAAUUGGGCACUCAAUGGCAAUUACUUCGCCGUUGGCUCCUACAACACCAUCAAACUCUGCGAUAAGACCGGGUGGUCCCACUCCCUGGAGAAAAUUAAUACCGGAAGUAUUUAUGGCAUUGCUUGGAGCAAUGAUAGCACUCAGGUGGCCAUGGCCUGUGGUAACGGAAGUGUAUUAACUGCUCAUGUCAUUGAUAGGAGGCUUGAGUGGAACAAUUAUGAGGCCACCUUGGUGAGGAGGAAGACUAUUGAGGUGAGGGAGGUGGGGAAUGCUGUGUUGGAGACGCUGGAGAUUGCCGACAGGGUGGUCCACUUUAAAUUUGACUUUGGACAUCUGGUUGUUGUCACACCGAGCCAGUGUCAUGUUUACUCUACGAACAAUUGGAAUACACCAGCGAUUUUUGAAUUGAAGAAUGCCGCCAUCUCCGCGGUGCUGCUUGCUGAUAAGCACUUUGUACUUGUAGAAUGGAAUUCCCUGACGCUCUAUAGCUACCAAGGAAGACUGCUGAGUGUCCCUAAGUGGAAGGGAAUGAGUCAAGAGCCCCUUUACCCUCCCUGCAUCGCUCUAUGCUCAGACACUCUAGUCGUUCGAGACCAGACUAACGAGAAACUCCUCCACAUCCUGGAGAUUUCGAAUAACAAACCGGCAGUGGAGGCUCAACCCCAUCUGCACGUCAAUAGCAUCGCCGAAAUAGCAAUCAAUUGCAUUGGGGGCUUGAAUGAUCGCCAGUUAGCUUUUAUCGAUGUAAAUAGAGAUUUGUACCUUGUGACUGUGAGAACAAGUGGAUUCGGCCGAGUUUGUAAGAUAGCUGCUAUGGCACAAAGUAUCGCCUGGGCAACAGAUGCUAAUGUGUUAGCUGCAAUGUUGGACGCAUCGUUAUCAGUCUGGCUUUGUCCAAAUUGCGUGCACUACAGUGAUAGAAAAGUCAUCAGAAGAACUAGAAUUGAUAAAGAAAACAGUGAAUUUGGAAAGCAACCGAGUAUCGUAAGCGUCCAGAACGGAAUGGUAACAGUGAGACGUGGAGAUGGAGCUCUGGUGGCCACAGCAUUUUACACAUUUUUCACGAGUUUACAUAAACAUAUUACGAGAGAUAAAUGGCAAGAGGCUCUGUCGCUAUGUAGGAUCGCCCAGAACGAGAUUCUAUGGACUUGUAUGGCAGUCAUGGCUACUGAAGGCAAACAGUUGGAAGCUGCGGAGGAGGCUUACGCCGCUAUCGAGAGAUACGAUAAAGUGGACUAUGUCCAGAGGAUUAAAAAAUUACCGAAUAAAACUGAGAAAUUUGCGGAAAUGUCGCUGCUGGCUGGCGAUUUAUUGGGGGCUGAGGGGAUUUUACUGCAGAAUGGGCUCAUCAGUGAAGCCAUUCGCAUUAAUAUUCAGAUGUAUAAUUGGAAUAGAGCGUUGGAGUUGGCGAUUAGACAUAAGAAAUUGGUGGAGGAAGUCUUAGAAGCUAGAAGUAUGUACCUGAAGGUGUUGGAGAAGGCGGAGACGAGUCCCAGUUAUCUAGCGUUGGUGACUAAUAAGGCGAAAGCUGAGACUCCUGAAGUGAUGACGAAGGAAGAGAAACAAGUAGAAAUGGACGAAUUAAUCGAUGAAACCACUGUUUUCUAGAGAAAAGGAAUUUAUGGAAAAUAGACACUCAGUACUGUAAAUAUUUUUAUUCGUCUUGUCCGUAAGAGACAGCGCACUGCCGAAGAUUAAACGGAUGGAUGAGUUUCCUCAUCAUAAAAAUACAAAGAAAUACUGAAAUAAGAUCUAGCGAUAAUGAAAUCACAUAAGACUACUCGAUCAUGAAAUGAUUUUUCAAUUUGUUACAUCAAUAAACGUUAUA